AUGGCGAGGUCAACUUUCUCUCUCCUUUUCGUUUCGUUUCUCGCGCAGCUUUCAGCAACGUCUGCCACAGAUGCUGCAAAGGCAAGCCCCGUAACUGAACGUGCAGGCACGCCUACCGAUUACUCCUCAGAAGCAUGGUCCAGUCUCUGGUACCAGGUUGGACCGGUCAGUCCUCCUCCUUUUACCACUACAGUGGUCCCAACGCCGGAACCAUCGCACCCGGCGCCGCCAUUUUAUCUGAACACUGGCUCGACGUUCACGCAGGGCAACUUGAGCACCUACCAGCUGCCCAAGGAUUUCGUAUGGGGCGUUGCAUCCGCCUCCUACCAAGUUGAGGGUGCAGUGAUGAACGAGGGCCGUGGGCCCACGAUUUGGGAUCUUCUCACCCAUCGUGUGCCCGGAUGGGUUUCCGAUGGCACGACUGGAGAUAUUACCGAUUUGUUCUACUACAUGUACCCCCAGGAUAUCGCUCGCAUGCAAUCUUUCGGUAUUCCCUACUUCUACCUCACCAUUGCCUGGAGUCGUAUUUUCCCCUUCGGAAAGGGUUACAUCAACGAGGAGGGCCUGAAGCAUUAUGAUGAUGUGCUUCAGAAAUUGGUCGAUGCCGGCAUUAAGCCCAUCGUUGCCCUUUACCACUGGGAUACUCCCCUGGCCCUGAUGAACGAAUACAAUGGCUGGGUUUCAGAGGACAUCGUCGAUGACUUUUUGGCCUAUGCGAAGGUUGUCAUGGCUCGCUGGGACAAGUACGUCCCCAUCUGGAUCACCAUCAACGAGCCUCAGGUGUACUGUGGUGACGGCCAAGGAUACGCUGGAUACCCAGAGGGCUACUGGCCUCAGUACAACAUCACUGGUGAACGUGCCGUCUACUACUGCGGUCACUACAGUCUGCUCGCCCACGCCACAGUUGUUGACUGGUACAAGAACGACUUCAAGGGCCAGGGCCGUGUCACCUUUAAGAACUCCGGAAGCAUGUUGCUACCCAACACCACGUCCACUGAAGACGCUGCCGCUGUUAAGAGAGGCUUCGAUUUCGACCUGGGUUGGUUCAACGACCCCGUCUGGACUACCGGUGACUACCCGGCCUCCAUGAGGGAGACCUUGGGUGACAUGUUGCCAAUGUUCACCCAUGAGCAGUCGCGCAUGUUGCUUGGAUCUUGCGACUUCUUUGCCAUUGACGGCUACUCGACUAGUUUCGCCGGCGCCGUGCCCAACGGCGUUGCUGCAUGCCAGGCCAACUCGUCCGACCCCAACUGGCCCUUGUGCGUUCUGGAGUCCCAGACGACAGCCGAUGGCUGGGACAUCGGCUUUACGGCCGGCAAUGCCGCCAACGCCGGCUGGCUCAAGUCCGUGCCUCAGGGUGUUCGCAUGUUGCUGAACUGGAUCCAAGACACCUACACCGGUCCCAAGGGCAAGGACAUUGUUCUGACCGAGUUCGGUUUCGCCGAGCCUUUCGAGGACGACCUUACCGAGGAACCUGACCGCCGCUACGACCAGCUGCGCCUUGACUACUUCGUCAGCUACCUCAACGCGCUGCUGCAGGCCAAGGUCGAGGAUGGUGUCAAUGUCACCGGUUCCAUUGCCUGGGGUAUCUACGACAACUUCGAGUGGCAGAAUGGUCUGAGUACCCAGUUCGGCCUGCAGAACGUGAACUACACUACUCUUGAGCGGUACCCCGAGGCGUCGUUGUUCGCUUUCACCGACUUCUUCAAGCAGCAUGGUCUCUAG